AUGACGUGCGGAUCGGGAUUCUGUGGCCGUGCCUUCAGCUGCAUCUCAGCCUGCGGGCCCCGGCCAGGCCGCUGCUGCAUCACAGCCGCCCCCUACCGUGGAGUCUCCUGCUACCGUGGCCUCACUGGGGGCUUUGGCAGCCACAGCGUCUGUGGGGGCUUCCGCGCUGGCUCCUGUGGCCGCAGCUUCGGCUACCGCUCCGGAGGCGUGUGUGGACCCAGCCCACCCUGCAUCACCAGCGUGUCUGUCAACGAGAGCCUCCUCACGCCCCUCAACCUGGAGAUCGACCCCAAUGCUCAGUGUGUGAAGCAUGAGGAGAAGGAGCAGAUCAAGUGCCUCAACAGCAGGUUUGCUGCCUUCAUCGACAAGGUGCGCUUCCUGGAGCAGCAGAACAAGCUGCUGGAGACCAAGUGGCAAUUCUACCAGAACCGCAAGUGCUGUGAGAGCAACCUGGAGCCCCUGUUCGAGGGCUACAUCGAGACGCUGAGGCGGGAGGCUGAGUGCGUGGAGGCCGACAGCGGGAGGCUGGCCUCGGAGCUCAACCACGUGCAGGAGGUGAUGGAGGGCUACAAGAAGAAAUACGAAGAAGAGGUGGCACUAAGGGCCACCGCUGAGAAUGAAUUUGUGGCCCUGAAGAAGGAUGUGGACUGCGCCUACCUCCGCAAGUCAGACCUGGAGGCCAACGCGGAGGCCCUGACCGAGGAGAUUGACUUCCUGCGGCGCUUGUAUGAGGAGGAGAUCCGCGUUCUCCACGCCCACAUCUCAGACACCUCGGUCAUCGUCAAGAUGGACAACAGCCGGGACCUGAACAUGGACUGCAUUGUGGCCGAGAUCAAGGCUCAGUACGACGACAUCGCCAGCCGCAGCCGGGCUGAAGCUGAGUCCUGGUACCGCAGCAAGUGUGAGGAAAUGAAGGCCACGGUGAUCCGGCACGGGGAGACCCUGCGCCGCACCAAGGAAGAGAUCAACGAGCUCAACCGCAUGAUCCAGAGGCUGACGGCUGAGGUUGAGAAUGCCAAAUGCCAGAACACCAAGCUGGAGGCCGCAGUGACCCAGGCUGAGCAACAAGGCGAGACGGCUCUGAGCGAUGCCCGCUGCAAGCUGGCAGAGCUGGAGGCCGCCCUACAGAAGGCCAAGCAGGACAUGGCCUGCCUGGUCAAGGAGUACCAGGAGGUGAUGAACUCCAAGCUGGGCCUGGACAUCGAGAUCGCCACCUACAGGCGGCUGCUGGAAGGCGAAGAACAGAGACUAUGUGAAGGCGUUGGCGCAGUGAAUGUCUGUGUCAGCAGCUCCCGCGGCGGGGUCGUCUGCGGGGACCUCUGUGUGUCCGGCUCCCGGCCUGUGACCGGCAGUGCGUGCAGCGCCCCCUGUAGCGGGAACCUGGCGGUGAGCACGGGCAUGUGCGCGCCCUGCGCCCCCUGUGCCCCCUGUGCCCCCUGUGGCCCCUGUGGCCCCUGCAACUCAGUCACGUCUUGUGGCCUGGGCACUGGUGGCGUGGGCUCCUGUGGCAUCAGCUCCUGUGGCGUGGGCUCCUGCGCCAGCAGCUGCCGCAGAUGUUAG